AUGUUAGUAUCCGCAUCAAAACAUGAAAGAACCUUUGAAGAAUUAUGUUUUCGAGAUAAAAGGUAUGUGAAUGAGUUGACAAAUAAGGGAAAAGGUGUCCCGAUGAAAGAUGAUUGGAAGCAUAUCAACUUAAUCAUUCCAUUCUUGAAGUUGUUUUAUGAUGCUACAAUACACAUAUCAGGGUCAUCUUAUUUGACAAGCAAUAUUUAUAUGUUUGAGGUCCUGGGUAUUGGAAAGAGCAUUGCGGAUAUGUGUGCAUCUGAAGAUGAACAUCUACGUUCAGCAGCUCAAAAGACGAAGAAGAAGUAUGAUAAGUAUUGGGGAUCUCAUGAGAAGCUUAAUAUGAUUUUGUUGAUUGCUCUAGUUUUCGACCCUAGGCGCAAGAUUAAAUUGGUUGAUUGGAUGGUAAGGCGGUACUACAAUAAGGAUGAUGCAGAUGCCUUGAAAGCAAACUUAGAUUUCUACUUGAAAUCUAUUUAUGAAGAAUAUUGUGCUGGAUUUACGUCUCCUCCAGAUGAGCCGCAAGUUUUUGGUAGUGUUAGUCAUCCUUAUGGAAUUGCUGAGUUCUAUCUUUUAGAAGGGUGUGACAAUGUAGAUAAUGAAUUAAGUACUUAUCUUGGAGAGAAGUUGGAGCAUAACAUGAAGAUAAAUGUUUUAGAGUGGUGGAAAGUUAACUCUGGCCGAUAUCCCAUCCUUGCAAACAUUGCAAGAGACGUGCUGGCUAUACCUAUAAGCACAUUGGCGUCUGAAUCUGCAUUCAGUACAGGAGAAAGAGUGCUUGAUCCAUAUCGCAGCUCGUUAACACCUACAACAGUUGAAACACUGAUUUGCACCCAGGAUUGGCUCAAAGGAACAUCUUCAUCCUUGAUUACAAAUGAAGAUUUUGAUACUCUUGAGAGAUUUGAGCAAGGUAUGAUAACUAACUAUAUUUCCUAA